UGGGGAAGAAUGACCUCAGAAAAUUACUCUUCAGUGACAGAGUUUAUCCUGCUGGGCUUAACACAACAUCCAGAGCUCCAGCUGCCUCUCUUCCUCCUCUUCUUGGGAAUCUAUGUGGUCUCUGUGGUGGGGAACCUGGGCUUGAUGGUUCUGAUUGGUCUGAAUCCUCACCUGCACACUCCCAUGUACUACUUUCUCUUCAAUCUUUCCUUCAUUGAUCUCUGCUACUCCUCUGUUAUAAUCCCCAAAAUGCUACCAAGUUUUGUAAAACAGAACAUCAUAUCUUUUGAUGAGUGUAUGACUCAGCUCUUUUUCUUUGCUUUCUUUGUUAUUGAUGAAUGCUGCAUUUUGACAUCAAUGGCUUACGACCGAUAUGUGGCCAUUUGUAAACCUCUGCUUUACAGGGUCAUCAUGUCCCCUCAGGUCUGCUUCAUGAUGAUUAUGAGUGUGUAUACAAUGGGAUUUUUGGGUGCCAUGGCCCACACUGUAUGCAUGGUGAGACUCACUUUCUGUGCUGGCAACAUCAUCAAUCAUUACAUGUGUGAUAUACCUCCUCUCCUGAAGCUUUCAUGCACAAGCACCUCCAUCAAUGAGCUGGUGGUUUUCAUUGUAGUGGGUGUCAAUGUUAUAGGACCGAGCCUUAUCAUUUUCACUUCUUACUCUUUGAUUCUCUCCAACAUCUCCUGUAUGCGUUCUACACAGGGCAGGUCCAAAGCCUUUAGUACCUGCAGCUCCCACAUAAUUGCUGUUUCUCUUUUCUUUGGAGCAUCAGCAUUCAUGUAUCUUAAGCCUUCUCCUACUGGAUCUCUGGAUGAAGAUAAAGUAUCCACAGUUUUUUAUACCAUUGUGGGACCAAUGAUGAAUCCUUUUAUCUACAGCUUGAGGAACAAAGAUGUCCAUGUUGCACUGAGUAAGAUUUUGAAGAAAAGGUUGCUGACCUAA